UAACGUCGAAGUUCACUACUUGUGUCGUCUAUAUCACGAAACGAAAGUCGGAUAUUUAGUACAUGGCGCGAUUGGUUUGAAAUUUAUAAGCGAUAUACUCAGUUUUAUUUAGAUACCAUCAAACUUUGUAACGGACUAUCCAUGACAAAUCUCGGAUAUGUUAAAUAUUUUUGUUCUUGCUGUAUUGUGGGAUUUUCAUGCGUACGCUUUUGGGCAAGGUUUUACAAAUCGCCCGGUGUUUGAGAGCACCGUGACACUACCAGAAUGCACUCACCCAUGCGUAUUUUCCGAAGCCAACGUUCCUCUGAUGGCAAGCUGCCGUAUCCAAGGGAUGUUUGACAACAGUAAUGUCACCUUCAACAUCGGAUCGAAUAUUCGAAUACAAGCCCAGAGAAUGGGAAGCGAUGGCAUCUUUGAGGCACGUGGCUAUACUGUAAGAGAGGAAGAUCAUUUAUCCACUAUUAAUUGUACACUGGGGAACCCUACGUCAACCUAUUCUGAAGCGACAUUAUUCAUUGCAAAGGAAUCAUCGACUCCGCUAUUAAUAUCAGAACCUAUCAACGGAAAUCUGAAUAUCAAAUGCAUGACAACAGGUGGCCGCCCACCGCCCGAGUUAGAAAUAUCGAAAUGCGGGAAAGUGAUAAACGUGACACAGAUUGGCGGCGAGGCAACGGUGACAUCAUCAUCGGAGCUUCUGAACGAGGCGAUGUUCGAAUGUUGCACCAAAGAUCGCUACUUUCCGUCAAAAUGUUCUGGGGUCCAUACAAUUAUUCGUGGUGAUGUGAUGCCUUUAACGCAAUUGGUGUCCUCUGAGAAGUCCUACACUCUUGUGCUAGGGAUAACAAUCGCCGUGUCGUCUCUGUUGUGCUUCCUUAUCGUCGCUAUCAUACUGGCCGCCGGAAUUUACUGGCGAAAGAAACGAGGAAGGCACUUAAACGAGCGUCUACAGAAUCAUGAGCUCAUGUUACUUCGCCCCAUGUCUACCAUUUCGUGUACACAAGACCAUUACGACCUCCCGUCCGAAAUGAGCACUGACCCGACUGAAUUCACGACGGCGUAUACUUGCGGAAAAUACUUACGUAAAAAUUGAUCAAUGCUCGUCAAUGCCUCGUUUCGAAGUUUGUUUUUCGACAGUGUGGACCUUAAACAGUACAUGAAUAAACUGCUAUUGUUUGUACAAUUCGAGUUUCGUUGUAAAAUGUUUUGGGUAACAAGUAUAUAUAGGAUCUUGCACGAGUUGUCAUAUCAUACCAUAUUUUAUUAAACGAGUUCAGUUAAUUUUAUUAGUAAGCGAGCCUUUGGCGAGCUUACUAACGAAUUUUCUGGACGAGUUUAAUAAAAUAUGGUAUGAUAUGACAACGAGUGUCAGAUCUUUUUUAUCACAGGCUUUUAAAUGAGCAAAUUAAAUAAAUAUUUACGCAAACAUAAUAAUAAAAUCCCGAAUGUUGUUUACAUUUCGUGGCGUCAUUUGACGUUGCAACGUCAUUUCAGCAAAAUAACAAAAUGAGAUUGGUCAAUAAACGAAAACUAAGAAAACGCUUAAAAAUGUUGUAUUACACGUGUAAUAAAACAAAAUGUAAUGGCUGUAUUGCAUGUGAAACAGGGUAUAGCAUGUGAUAAAAUGUUUUAAUAAAAAACAUAUAGUUGUGUGUAAAUACUAAUGUAUUUGUUCUGUGCAGAGUGGCCUUCAUAAACAAUAGUAAUUGUAGUUAUUUAAGUCCAAAUGUCACUUAACCUUUAUAACAUGAUUUGAGCAUGACAUUAGCCUUAACAUCGAUGCCUAAAAUAAACUAUUACGAAGCGUAAGAGUAUCGAUUUCAUGGUUUUAAAAGUAGUUGGAAGUAUGUAGAGUUAUUUUAAAGCGAUUUUUUGUUAACCAUGUAAACCAGUUCAGAAUAUUUUAACUGGAUAUAUAUAAGCCCUAUGGAGCAACAACGUGUGGGAGAAAAUUGUGCGUAACAUUUCGUUGAUAUAUGCAUAAAUAAUCGAUCAAAGUGUAAAUAACGAUACGAAUAAAACAACAUUAUGCUUCUUAAAUGCAGCUUUUUGAAUUUUUGAAGUUACAUUUGUGUGUUAAAUUCAUAUUAUUUUUUAAAGAUUCACUGACGACUGCUAGUCAUCCGAUUAUUCUGAUGACAAAACAGAAUUGUUUAACAGAUAACUUCCGUUACCUGCUUACUAUUAAUUAUUGAAAUUUUUGAGUGUUAUCAAUAUAUAUUUUCAUGAAUCUGAUUUAAUCACCAGCAUUAUGUUAUACAUAUAUGUAGCUAUCAGGUCAUACGUUAUAUUCGGCUUUUCUAUCGAGUGGACGUUUAUGUUAUUUCUAUCUGCGUAUAUGAAUAUACAUGAUUCAUUAUUUGAGAAUGGAUUUUAUGUCGAUAAUAUUGCAGCACGUGUUUUGUGACGCGCGAUCUUCGCAUAAAUCGUGGAAUCAAUCAUAAAUCAAAACAGUAUGUCAUUAUUCAAAUACAUAGCUUCCUUAAUUUUGUUUCAGUAUCAUUAAGUUAAUUUAUGGAUGAUUAAAAGAUUCAAAAAUGGUCACACAAAUUAUACAUUGAUGUAUGUAAACUUGAAUUAAAACAUAGUAAAACAACUGAAUGUUCGUCUUUUUCUUUGAAUUCUUACCCUGUGUAUCCCAUAUUAGGAUAAAAAAAUAUACCUUUUUUAUCCUUGAUCAUCAUUUAAGACUUUUCGUGUUGUAACACCCACGCACUUAAAGGUUCCACAUACCUCUAAGUGUAAUAGUGUAACCCUCAGACGAUGUGCUAUGCAAAUAAACUUAUUGUUCGUUAAUUGUUAAUGCCGAUCGGUUCACUUCUUUCUACAUAAAAAAACAACUUCCAUAUGUGGCGGAUAAAGGCACUAACAAGUAAUUUAUUUUAAAAAGUCUUAUUUAUUACAAGAACGUUGUUAUGUUUUUAAGAUAAUUAACAGCCAAUUCUUUUGAGAAGCAUCCAUUCCAAUCCCCUCAGCUUUCAACAACGAGCUUCUUUUUUGCGUUGUAUUAUUUUGGUGAUUUUUGUCCUUCUCUAACCAUAGGCGUAUAGAGCGAAUGAAACAUAUAUGUAUGUUAACAUUAAGCAAAAUUACAGACAGAAAUGAUGUUAUCUAGAUCAUCUUAAUGUGGCAAACAUAAAUCUUGGUAAACAAUUCACUUGCUUUUCUGUACAAGUACAAUCUGCACAAAACAAACGAAAUAUGUCACAUCAGUCACUGGCAUGUGUAUUGUGUCAAUUAUAAUGUUCACAUCAACAUUCGUGUACACUUUUCCCAACUUUUGCAACGAUCAUUUGUUAAAUUAAUUAAUUUAUUUUAUCCGCAUGCAGUUUGUUCGCGUAUGUUCUCCGGUACAAAUUAUGCCCACGGGUCCAGGCUCAAAUGUAAACGUGUUAUGAUUCAGUGAAAUGAUACAAGUGCAUCAUUGCUGAUCACGACAACGUCGUAUAUAUUUGUACUUUUGGUUUCAUCGGAUAAGUUUACUAUUAUAUAAAAUGAAAAUAUAUUUAUAAUUAAAUAUUCAAGCCGAACGUACAUACGCAAUAGCUAAUACAGGUAAGGGUUGAAAUCACCAAUCUCUGCAUUAUUAAUUUCAGAUUAUGAAAGAUGAUCAUGGUUGCGCUGUAUCACAAAUUUAUGCAUGCGUCAAGUGUUCCUACUUUAUGUAAUCUGCAAUCCCUCGUAGUACUAAUUUCCUCGUGUCGCCGACGAAAAUGUAUCAUAAUCCAAGUGGGUAAGCUGUUUGUAAACGUUUAAUCCAUUCAAAUUCCGACACGCACCUUGCUUUUAAUUGGUACUGAUUUGAAGUACAAUUAUCAAAAAUAAAUCUCUCCACAGGUUGAAUAGAAAUAUGUGUUAUGCUAUAUC